GAGCGCAUGCUUUUCAAUGACGAUUAAUGACGUCAAGGAGCGACUGGUUACAUAAAAAUAGUUGUGCCAUUUAUUGCUGAUCGUUGGGCGAAGUGAGGGUAUCGCCAUUUUUAUUUUUCCCCCUUUCAUUUUCCUGGACACAUGAUACGAAUUUCCCUUUGACGGUUUUCUUCCAAGUGGUGCCGGAUGUAUAGGCGUUCCUAAUAGCGGUGAACGAAUUCGAGGUGUUAGCAUUAAAGAAAUCCCAGCUAAAAUGAAAUCUUCGGUGUUGUGUUGUAUUUUCAGUUCUAUAUUUCUCGUCGACUUUGUUUAUUCUGCAGUGACGUUAUCUGCAGUACUUCAAGAUGGCCAACCAAUUGUAACGUUUUCUCUAGGCAAACAAAUUGUGAUUUCUUGCAAUGCUACAUCGGAUGAUAAGAACGCUAAAAUAGAAGUAGAAUGGAAAAAGAAUGAUGUAAAUAUAGAUGAAGUCAGUUCACUAAAAGAUCGACAUAGGACAACUAAAAAAGGUUCUAUACACAAAUUGCAUAUUGAUGAUGGCAGAGAAGAAGAUAUUGAUAAAUACACUUGUGCUUUAGACGAUGACAAAGAAUCAAAGGAAGUUGAUAUUCAAGUUUUCACAAAGCCUGUAGUCAAAGUGCAAAGGAGCAUCAACACAGUAGAACUUGAAGUCCUAAAAAUUCGUUGCACAGUUAAUGGAAAACCUCCUUCUAAUGUAACUUGGUACUAUUCUAAUGAAACUAUGGCUGAUAAGGAAGUCACUGAGAUUGAUGAUGAUAGAAUAACAUUUGAGAAAGAUGAAGAGAGAGGUGUUGAAAAUGCAGUACUAGUCAAAAGCAACAUUCAAAUGUGGGAUAGGGGAGUGUACACUUGCGUUGGUGAACCACCUUUUAAACACAGACUAAUCAAUGACACUUGCAUGGUCAGGGUUAAAGACAAAUAUGCUGCUUUAUGGCCUUUCCUGGGAAUUGUUGCCGAAGUAUUUGUAUUAUGUGCUAUUAUUUUGAUAUACGAGAAAAAGCGAAACAAAACAGAACUCGAAGAAAGUGACACAGAUCAAAGCCCCGAUCAUCAAUAAAAAUGUAUCAUUUUUCUAUUUUCAGAAAAAACACUCCAGAUCACAAUAAAGAUUCCAACUUGAGACAUAGGCAGUGAAUUCUGCCCCAAAUUAGUAAUAAUUUGGCAAUUGAAAAAACCAUCAAUAAAUCCAUUAUUUCGACAUUUAUUUUAAUUUAUUUAUGUUUAGAGACAAUUCCGGAUUGGUUUUUUUGCAAGCCAAUUGCAUAUACUGUACAAAGAAGUUAUUACCCGUUAAAGAUCUUCCUAAGCUCUAAACCAUAGUUUAGCCUUACAAGUUGCAGCUUUUUGAUAAUGGUAGUUUAGUUGUUAGUCAGUACUUAUUUUUUCCAAUUGUUUAUUGGCACAAUAUAUUACCUGCAACUUGUGAGACAUAUAAACUUGAAUUGUUAGCAUACUCUUGUAUAUAGGUAAAAUAAGGCAAUGUACACAAAACCGCCCCCACUUGUUUAUAAAAAGUAACUUCAUUUAUUAUUAUGCACAUUUGGACUGUUGUUUAUUUUUUAUGUUUUAUAAUAUAUGAGCUUAAACGUUGCAUUCAAUACUUUAAAAACUAUCUACUUAGAAUAUUGAAAAUUAACUCCUUUUCUGACUGUUGUCAUUCAUCUUAUACUCCAAAUAAAUCACUUCACUUGUUGCGAUAUUAGUAAUGCUUUCAUACACAUUGUACAUUUUAGAGUUAGAGAGAUAAAUGAGUUUAUUAUGAAUCAACAGGGCUGAAAUAAUGUAGGCUGAAUCUUCAUUGAUGCAAAACUGCCAAAGUUUUACCAAUCAUUCUGUUUUCGCUCUGCAUAGGCCAUUUUGAUGUAAUGAAGAAAUUAUAUAAGAAUAUUCAAUUACUACUGGCGAUCAAAGGAAAAUUAUUACAUAAUGAAAACCCUUUCAGUAAUGACACCAGAAAGAUGAACAAUAAUACCAAACAAAACCUCGCAAAUGCCUUAAUUGUUGAAAAUACUGUCUGCACAAACCAAUAGUAUUAUUCAUCAGUAUUUUCAUUAUCAUAUAAGUAUAAAUACAAUAAUUUAAUGUGUUGAAAAAUCUAUUUCUUGUUUGAACAUUCGUUUGAAAUGUUUUAGAGAUUCUGUUAUAUAAAAUAUUGUUAAAUAUUCAUGGUUAAAUUUGUCAAUGAAUAUUCUUUAAAAAGUUCUGUGGAAAUUAAAUUUUAUCGUUAAAAAUAUAUAGAUCCAAAAAUUUGGUUUUUUAAGAAGUGCACUGACAUAAAUGUCCAGUCGAAUUAUAUUUUCGUAAAAACCUUUGUGAUGUUUUGGAGUGAUGAUUUCCAAAGUUCUAAUUUUCCUUUGUCGCUUUUUCAUCAUUAUUUGGAAGAUAUUGGUAACUUUAAUCCAUGGGCCUGUUCAUAUUUUGAAUAAUGACUUAAUGCUUUAUUUUAUUUCGUUUGAAAGUUAGGAGAAUUAACAUUGAUAGUAGUCUAUUCAAUUGAAAAAUGGAUAUGCAAAUUUUAAACUGAAUGUGGUAGAUUUUAGAACACCCCUGAUAAAAUAAUAUUAAUUAAUUCAUAAAUAUUUCAUUCCCCCAAUAAAUAAAUCUUGAGCAUCACAGAUCACAUUCCUUCACAAAUCACUAAGAGCAAUCAGUGAAAUUAGUUAGCCCAUAUUGAUAAAAUAUAAAAAUAUGCCCUUUUGCAAAUAUACAGCGUAAUUUUAGGGCGCGUUCUGUUGAUAUUCUGUGAAUGAAGAUUGUAAGAUGGUUAUUUGUGCAAUAUUGUCAAUUUAUUAUUGAAGCAAUUUUAUUUCCAGUCUAAUUUUCUUCUGGGUGAAUUUAAUAUUGAACAGUGCCUUCAGUGUCGAAGCAUUAGUAAAUAAUCAAUACCUUUUGAUGUCUACGUCUAACAUAAUAACUGCAUCUUACAGUUGUUCAUCAAUUUGUUGGUCGAUUCUCAUGUUUAUAUCCAGUUUUACUCAUGUACCAUUGAACGUGUCCUAACUGAAAAUAAUGAACAAUAUCUUUUCAUUCAGUUUGUGAAAAUGUACGUUAUUUAAAUUUCCAUUGUAGAAAGUUCUCUUGAUCCUUGUACUUAUUAAUGAAGUUGGUGCUUGCACGGAAAACAUGUUGUUGAUGAAUUGUUUAUUGAAUUUUGUGACGCAAUGUAAAAUAAUUGUACUGUGAUGAAUAUUGCGGAAUUAAAGUAAUAUCUAUGGAUUUAUUUGCGCAGCAAGUUGUUGCAUCCAAGAUUCAUCUCAAAGAGAUUAUUUACCAUGUUUUGAAUAAAUCUUCAACUAGUUAAAA